CCGCGGUGAGCGGAGUGGGUCAUGCUGCGCGCGCUGAGCUGUCUGGGAGCGCGGCCCCCGUGCAGGCCCCCGGCCCUGCUGCUGCUGCUGCCCGCGCGCGGCCGCAAGAGCCGCCAUGACCCGCCGGCCAAGUCCAAGGUCGGGCGCUUGGCGACCCCGCCCGCAGUGGACCCUGCGGAGUUCUUUGUGUUGAUAGAGCGUUACCGGCAGUACCGCCAGACCGUGCGCGCCCUCAGGAUGGAGUUCGUGUCCGAGGUGCGGAACAAGGUGCACGAGGCCCGAUCCGGGGUCCUGGUGGAGCGCAAGGCCCUGGAGGACGCCGCCGAGCACCGGGAACUGAUGGCCUGGAACCAGGCGGAGAACCGGCGGCUGCACGAGCUGCGGAUAGCCAGGUUGCGGCAGGAGGCGCAGGAGCGGGAGCAGCGGCAGGCCGAAGAGCAGGCCCGCCAGGCCCAAGAGGCGCAGGCCUGGGUGCAGCUCAAGGAGCAAGAAGUGCUGCAGCUGCAGGAGGAGGCAAAAAACUUUAUCACCCGAGAGAACCUGGAGGCGAGGGUGGAAGAAGCAUUGGAUUCUCCAAAAAGCUACAACUGGGCCAUCACCAGAGAGGGGCUGGUGGUUAGACCACAGGGCAGUGGCUCCUAGGGGCCCAGUAAGGACAGUGCCUGCCCAGGGACCAUGUGUGUAUGGGGGUAAGCCGGAAUAAGCUUGAACCGGAAUAAAGCAGUUGGUGUUCCUUAUGAGGAAGACUCAGCCUUUUCCAGUGCAGCCUUUAAGUUCUGGCCUGUGCCCUCACCGCUUGGUCAGGAAUUCCCAAACAUGGUACUCUGUUCUGCUCCCAUGUACAGCCUCAGCAGAGCACUUACCCUAGAGUGGGUUCAUCUCACAGAGGAUCAGACUGGGCAGCCAGGUCAUCUGAAGAUCAUCAAGUCAAGUGGUUGGCAAAUUACAGUCCGUGUGCCAAAUGUGGCCUGCUGCCUGUUUUUUGUAAAUAAAGUUUUAUUGGCACUCA